CACACACACACACACACACACACACACAGUAUAUAAGCCUCUCUACUGCUGCUUUUACUCUCAGUUCUGACUCUGUCGGUCGUCUGUACCUCGUCAUGGAGGAGAUCUACGUCAGGCAUGUGGAGCUGCUGGGCUUCGAGAAACGAGACUUCCCGAGUCAGCACUACGUGUACAUGCUGAUGGUGAAAUGGAGCGACCUCACAGAGAAGCUGAUCUACAGGACGUAUCCUGAGAUGCACACCUUACACAAAUCGCUGAAGGAGAUGUUUCCCAUCGAGGCUGGUCAAAUAGAAAGGAAGGACAGAAUCAUUCCUUCAUUACCAGCGCCGCGGUGGGUUGACACCCAGAAAUCGACAGAAACCAGGCAGAGCACCUUGGCCGACUACUGUCGCUCGCUCGUCAACCUGCCGCCUCACAUCUCCCGCUGCAAACACCUCACCAACUUCUUCAAGGUCCGACCCGAGGACGAAAACCCAUCUGCCCCGAACACACUGAAAAGAAACGAGACAUUUGUGGUGUCCAGGGAGUUGAACCGAGGCAACGCGUCUGACAUUUCUGGCCCCAUCAUAUUGGACAGCUACAGAGUGAUCGCAGACUUCACCAAGACGUCCAAACAUGAGAUCAAUCUGCACACCGGCGACCUGGUGGAGAUCGUGGAGAAAAAUCAGAACGGUUGGUGGUUCUGCCAGUGCGAGUUUAAACGAGGCUGGGUUCCUGCGUCCUACCUGGAGCCUCUGGACAACCCAGAGGAGGCUGAGGAAGCCGAACCCAACUAUGAAGGAGAGCUGUACAUGACCACUGAUGUCUACAAGGCCGAGCAGGAGGAUGAGAUUUCUCUGGAGGUGGGUGAAACCAUCGAGGUCAUUCACAAGCUGCUGGACGGCUGGUGGGUUGUCAGAAAAGGAGAAGAGACUGGACAUUUCCCCUCCAUGUUCCUGCAGAGGGCCGGCAACAAAGAGCAAUAUGAGGCAGGCAGGACGAAGCUGAAGGGACAGAAACCACCACCUCGCAGAUCCACCAUCAGAAACGCCAAGAGCAUCCACAACAAGUCUCGCCAGCGGCUCAGCCAGGACGCCUACAGAAGGAACAGUCGUCGAUACCUCCAGGAGAAGGGCAGGAACUCCAAGAUCGUUGCGAAGUCCCCGCUGAGGGAGAGGAAAAACCAGAACAACAUCCCCAAGGUGUCGGACUCCAGUUCAGAGGGCGAGCUGAAGAGGGAGGCUCCGGUCAUCCCUCCCCGGCCGAGUCCAGAACUCAUCCUGGAGCGCUGCACCGUCAACACCCGCAAGAAAGUCAGCAUCCACAAGUCACGCUCCAGCUCCGGGAGUUAAAGUGGGGACUCAUCCUAUGUCGUAAGAGUCACAACAAAAUGGCCUUUUGAGAGCUUGAAAGAUUUAGUGGGUUUUAGCUAUUUUCUUACAUGACAGUUUAUUGUAAGGAGUGGAAAUGGUCAAUAAGGUGAAACUAUUUCCAUAUUUAAUUGAGACUUUAAAGAACAAGGCCGGUAUUAUUCUAUAUUUUACUUAUUAUCAUCAAGUCCCAUAAAGAGACCAAAACCAAUAACAUUUAUGGCUGCUACUGAGGACGUAAAUCUUUAAAAACAUCUGACAAAUAUAAAAAAACAGCAAUUUCCUAACAUGGAACAGGUUUGGAGCUUUUCAACCAAAAAUAAAAUGGUUUGGAAGCUGAAAAGUCGGUUCCCAGCUGGAACCAAAAAAUAUUAGGUUAUAAACUGCUAAUGCUCAAAGAUAAUCAGUGUGAUGCACCAUCUCACAUUCUAACAAUCUUGAACAGAACCAGUUCAAGAACCAGAGUUGAUUUGGUGUAAAAGGCUAAACUGUAGUUUUUCAGACAAAGGAAGAAACCAAUGCUUUUGUUGGGGACUAUUUUCUGCUUUGGAUUAAUCCACCUUUGGUGCCAUAGUGAGUUUUUAGGGCAGAACAGUGUGUAUGUUUAUACUAAUGAAGGAACACGUCACCCAGUGCAACUCUGAUUUAAUAAUUUUGGUACUAAAAUAGAGCUGAGAGGAAUAAGAUAUAUCACACAAAAUUUGUUGUUUUGGUGUUUUCAUGGGAUUUGUUGGUGAGAAGACAAAUAUAGAGUAUCAACAGAGUUAUUCAUUGAGCCACUGUGAGCCACUAGGUUUUAAAAAAAACCCAACAACCUUACUUUGGCACCAUCUGAUGGUCAGAUCAAGAAUAACACUGUGGCGCAGAUGCAUCAACAAACCACAAAAUCCCAUUUUCCUCUGAAAAUUAUUAUUAAAAGUAUUGUUUUGUGACGUUAUCUGAAGAAAGCAGCAUCAUUAUGGUUCAGCUUCCUGGCUUUCUCCAGAGGAACCUGUGUAUCAUUAAGUGUAUUAUCUUGACAUAUGUGUCUGUGCAGCCUGGCUCAAUAAAUAACGCAUUAUAUCUCAUUAAUUUAAUCUGGACCAAAGUGAAAAUCAACAAUUCUCCAUCUUAUGGGAGUUUAUGUAACUUUUUCUUGACUCUGAGCAGUUGUCAGUCGAGCUUCAGAGGUGCUGGUAGCUGGAGUUUUGUUACUGUAGGACAGAGCCAGGCUAGCUGUUUCCCACUGUUUUCAGUCUUUAUGCUAAGCUAUGCUAAGCUAUGCUAAGCUAUGCGUUCAGGUGAUGUAAUGACAAAAAACUGCAAAAGACGCAUAUAUUUUUAACUUUGUUUUGCUUUAGUCUGACGUGUUCAGCUCUACCUCGCUGGUGUCCACAGAAGCUAAAUGAAGAGUACGUUCCUAGUUAAAGGUGAAUUCAUUUGAUCGCAGUGUUUGUUCAGAAAAGUUUUACUGAGAAAAUAUUUGUGUUUGUGACCUCUGACUUUUGCAAACUGUAGAGCUUUUUUUAAUUUAUUUGCUUAAUAAAUGUAUGCAAUAAAAAAAACAACACAGUAA